UAUAAUUUAAUGAGCAUGUGGAAGUGCAGUUUGUAAAUUCCCAGUUGAGUUACACAAGUAUAACUAAAAUUAACCUAACUCCAAUUUCACUUCUGGAAAAACGUAUUUUGAUGAACAAGAAGGAUUGCGUAACUGUCUAGUUUUGUUAAACGCAGAAAUCCCAAUUGCUUGCUCAUGUGGUUCUAACAUAUUUUCUCCACAUGUUCAGUGUGUAUUGGUUUCAGAGGCAGUUUAAUCUCCUUGAGAGAUUCGCGAGAGUAUAGCACCUUCAGUGUAAACUUUGAAGUUUAAAGAAGGGCAAGAAAGAAUUAUAUUUUUUCCAUAGAGUGUCAGUCUAUUAGAAGGAUCAUCUUGAUGUCAGUAAAAAUAUCCAGUCUCGAGCACUUGAGAAUGAUUAUAUGCAGAAAAGAGUUAGGUACCAAACUUCAUCCUUCAUUAUUUAUUUUACUGAGUGUAGUUUAUUUUUAUGGUUGAUUUAAUAGUAAUAUGUGAAAAGUGUAAUGGUCCUGACAUGGUUGUAUGGUAGUAUUUUCUUUGUAGAGUUUAAGUGAUUAGCUGCAUGAGAUUGGAAAUGUAAGCCUUUCUACUUUCUGUAUUUGGUUACAAUUUUAGGACUUAAGUUGCUCUAAUAACCUAAUAUCCUGAACAUGUUUUAUUUCUCCAAAUUUAUUAUAUUGCGUGAAUUUCAAUUGCUUUAAAACUGAUGUCAUCAUUACAUUAUAGAAAGUUUUCUUUGAUUUUUUUUUUCUGACUGGCAUUCACUUUCUGGGUAACUUCAUCCAUUCAUUUUUUAAAAAAUUUUAUUGAGCUCCUGUUGUUUUCUAUGUACUGUUCUAGGCUGGGAUACAAAGUACCAAAAACACAGAUAGGUCCAGAUGGUACCCCUCAGUGACAGGAAAGAGACAAGGGAUAAUGUAAGGAAAUUCAAAUCUUUAGUGGAAAGAUGAAAGAAAAAGAUGUUAAUUAUGGACUGCAGGUAAGAGUACAUUUCUUAUGGGAAGUUAUGAUCAAACUGUGUAACGAGUUUGUUUAAAUGCUUUAUUUUUAAUACCACGUUCAAUUCCUUUGUGCUGCAGGAUUUAAAGGUUUGAUUUCUUGAUUUGCAGUGAAAAUGGGAAGGCAGAUCUAAGUGAUUCAGAGCAAAGUGCAUUGUCUGAGUGAGCUCAGAAUUUGUUUCCAGAAUACUCCUGAUUUCAGAUCCUGGCUGAUGGUUGAGUCUUAGAGGCUGUGAGCACUCAAAGUCCAAUCACACUCACCUUACAGCAUUUUUCUGAAGAGCAGAUCCUUAGAAUCUGUGUCUAACACGUUUAUCGAACAAAUGACUAAUAAAGAUAGAGAACAGCCCACAAUAAACUUUCUUCAUUUUGAAAAGAUUAAAAAUGUUUCUCUAACCGUUUUCUCUCGGCCAGGGUAUCAUUUAAAAAGUGGAUAUCUUCAGCACACAAAUUAUGAUACUGAGGAAUCACGAAACCUCGCUGGCGAGCCUGUUGGAGAUGACUACAGGAAGAUGGGAACUCUCUUUGGUGAACUGAACAAAAGCCUCCUCAGCAUGGGCUUCACAAGGAUGUAUCUUGGAGAACGAAUUGUGGAACCAGUAAUAGUCAUUUUCUUCUGGGUUAUGCUGUGGUUUCUUGGCCUACAAGCUCUUGGACUGGUUGCUGUUCUUUGUCUUGUCAUUAUUUAUGUACAGCAGUGAAACAUGGCAGGUUAAUGGAUGUUUGACAAUUGGUAGCCAUCUCUGUAAUUGGUGAAGUUACACAUUUUUUUUUUGGAACCCCAAAAAGUUUUCCUUGUUUUAACUUUUAUACUAGCUGUUUUAUAAUUAAAUUUGCAUAUAAAUACUGUUUAAAAUUCAGUUCAACUCUUGUUCAUAACAUGGGCAAACAUAGAUUUUGAAUACACAUAAGCUUAGUUAAAAUCCUGUGUCCUUCAGACAUCUCUGUUCCCAUGCGGAAUCUUACAUAAUUCCAACCAAAUAGUGAGCAAGUAAGUAGCAGAAAGUGGAAUUCCAAUCAAGUAAUAUAGUUCUUACAGAGUGCUAAUAAAACAUUUUAGAAAAAAAGGGAGAAGCAAGUUAAAAAAUAAGUUUAAACUGAAAAAUUGUUCCAGAUCUGCGAGAUUAUUUGGGCAAUAUUUGGAUUUCUGUUAAUGACACCAUGUUCUUUGGAUAAUAUUUGCAUUCUGUUGUCCCUGCUUAGCCCAAAUAAAGGUAAAUGAUAAUUACCAUACACACUACCUUAGUAGAGUGGUGAGAAGUAAAAUUCACACAUUUCUAAAAAUGGGAAAGAAUAUAUUUAUUAUUGGAGAAAGAUCCCAGGUUAAAUAUACCUUUAGUAUAAUGUAACACUUGAGCCUGGAAAUUUCUUCAUAAUACCCUAUGAAAUUUUGACAAUUUUGGUGCUAAUUUUUUUUAGUGAGAUAUUUAAGUGUCAUAAACCACGUCCAUGGUUGGCUGGUUGGCUGAACCCUAUGGUGGCAUGUAGUUUCUUGUAUCUAACAAGUUGCAUAUUUUUCCUAGAAAAAAAGCAUUUUCUGUGUUUUUUUUUUUCAGGAAUUUAUAACUUUAAAGGUUUUCUUAGCAGUUAUUCUACAUGGACUUCUCUCAAAAAGUUGAUUAAUAUUUUACAAUCAAGAAACAAAAUCAGAUUUUUUUUUAAUUAUCUGUAUUGGGAAGUACAGUAUUACAGUACAAAAAAAAAGCCAAAUGCUCAAAUUUGGAGCUUGACAGCCAAUAGUAAUAAUAUUUUUCCCAGACUAAAGGCAAGUGAGUAGUUGGCUAGCUAUGCUACUACUGUGUCUUAUUUCAGCAAUUGGAGAAUUUUAUUGGGAUAAGUAUUUCUUGAAGCGUACUUUGAAAAUGGAAAAAGGCUCAGUGAUAUUUUGGGUUUGUUAAAGAUCCUAAAAUCUUUACACAUGUGACUCAAGGACUGUAUAAACAAAGGAAAGGUAGUUAAGAUGAUUAUAUAGGAAUUCAAGUUACAUACAAAGAAAAUUAGGCAAUGGGACAUUUUUAUCUUUGGUAUGAUAAAUAAUUAAAAUAUGUAUUCACUGUUCAACUUUGUAAGGUUUUCUUACCAUCUUAUUUUAAAAAUUUGUUACAUCAGUCUUUACAUUGUAAAGCAGAAAAUAAUGAAAAGUAAUAAACCUAGAUGUCUAAAAUAAGGUGACCCUAAACAAAAAUACCAGUCAGGGGGCACCAAAAAGUAUUGUGCAUUUAUAGAAAUACCAGCCUUUCAAAAUUUGACUUUUAAAACAAAAGACUUUGUACUUUAUCAUUGUGUUUUUAUUGAGUUUAUGGUAUUUUUAUAACAAUCUUUACGAGCUUAGCAUAAAUGCAAGUUGUUUGAAAAAAGGUGUUUUCAUUUGUGUAUAGUAAAUUGGAGGUUUUCACUAGAAGUCAUGAAAUUUUGUAUAUCUGCAUAAAAUAUGAAUAAGUUCAUUUUCUCCAGUGCUACAAGAAAGUAUAAUUUCCCUUUGGGAUGCAUCAGAGAUAUAAUGUACAUAAUAAUAGUUCUGGCCUUACCAGUGCCUAAUGUUGAAAAUAUUUUUAAAGUAAAUUUUAAUAGGAAUCACUUAUUCUACUAUUCAAGACUAUGCAUCUUUGCACUGGUGUUAAUGAGGUAUGAAUUAAAUUUUAUGAAACGUAAGGAGAUACUUUGCUGCUAUUCUCUUAAUCAGGCAUAUAUGUAUGUAUGUAUGUAUGUCAGUGCAGUAUACCAUUAAAUCUUUUACUUUGCCAUUCAGGGAAAAAGCUUCCUAUUUGAUGAACAUGAAAUAUUUCCUUUAUAGAAUAUAUUAGAAUGCACAUUUUUUGUAACACAAAAAAAAUAUAUGACUUAAAUCUCCAUCAACCAGUCUAAACGCUUUGGAUCUUUUCUUCAUGGGAAUUAUGGGUCGCAGUUGUCUUCUGAAACAUCUC